CAAAAUUGCCAAAGGGUAUUCGCGCCAAGUUCGGCAGGUGCCCCGUCUUCUCUGCCGCCCCAUCACCACCAGCAGCACGACAGCCCGGCUAUCACCUGCCUCUACAGCGCUCUCUUCACGACUGCACGAUGGAAUCGAAGACGGAUGAGAAGGAAGACGUGUUCACUCGACUCUAUGGACAAGUGGCAUCCUCAGCAGCAACUCGUAAGCGUCCAAGUGAUAAAAUCAAGCAUCGACGUACGAUCCGGUCGACGAAAUCUUGCCCACUACUCGACGCGUCUGUGGCAACGAUGUCCGUCGCGACACCAUGUCCUCAAGCAACACUCGACGGCGACCCGAACGACCCUCACACCCUUCUCCGAGGAGUGUUUCAAUUUUACUGUCGAUAUGGCCGCACCGGUGCCCACGGCACGUCAGAAGUCACCAUGGAUAAUGCGAAUUUUGCCAAGUUUUGCCGUGAAUGUCCCGACCUUGUGGGUGGGCAUUUUUCGACAGUCGACAUCGAUCUCAUCUUUGUCAAAGUCAAAGCGAAAGGAGUGCGUCGGAUAGCCUAUCCCAUGUUCCUCGAAGCACUUGGCAUCAUAGCCACGAAAAAAUACCCGGAUAUGGCAUUGACGUCGGCGCUACCGACGCUGAUGGAUGCUCACAUCGCGAAGUUGGGGUGUCUCGACCAUGCGAGAUCUCCUGGGAAGUCCACGUGGCGGCGUCGCGCUGCGGCGACCGAAGAACGGAUCGCUGUCGCCACGACGAUGGAGCCUUCCAACGACAACGGUGUUGUGACCAAAUCUGAGCCUCUGCAGAUGGAUGUGAACCUCAUGGACGACACCAACCAGCUCGAGCCCAUCGAGACGGUCGUUCCCCCACCAGCCCCCUUCGCCGCCAAGCUCGAGGCCUCUGGCACGAACAACGGACCGUCGUCCUUGCGCUAAUGCAUUACACAUAAUGCAUGACACGUCGCUGGCCGUAAUCUGCCGAUGGAAUAUCGGUGUCAGAGCGUCUCGGAGAUGUGGUAAGUUAGGCUAAGUCGGCGAUAUUGUCGUGUCCAGUGUGCCAUUGGCAGUAGUGUUGCUUGCGCCCAGUGAGCUCGUUGAUAAUCUCGGCCGCCGCAAUUUCCCGUCAAUCAGCACAGAGAGUAAUUGGGGAUCCACAGUUCUUGGCACGCAUUGCAAUCCCCACAAUAGUCGUGCACUCGACCGAGCAACGCAUGGACCGGUGGAUACUUACGGCCUG